AUGGCCGAUACUCUUCCCGCAAUCGAAGUGGAUAGUAAUGCUGGAUCCUUCGUUAGCGACUCUGCCUUCGAGGACGGCACCUCGACUGCUAGUGCCUCGCUCGCCUCCUCCGUAAUCGACUACGUCUACGAGAACGGCCGCCGCUACCACGCUUAUCGCAAGGGCCAGUACGUGCUACCCAACGAUCCAGAGGAGCAGGAUCGCCUCGACCUAGGUCACCAUCUGUUCCGUCUGCUUCUCGGUGGCAAGCUCUUUCAGGCGCCUAUUGACCCCGAGAACAAGCGCGUGCUAGACAUUGGCACUGGCACCGGCAUCUGGGCGAUUGACGUCGGCGAUGAGUACCCCAACGCCCAGGUGAUCGGUACCGACCUCAGCCCUAUCCAGCCUACCUGGAUCCCGCCCAACGUAAGGUUCUACGUCGACGAUGCGGAGAGCGACUGGGUCUAUCCGGCUGAUGAGGCCUUCGACCUGAUCCACGGCCGCGGCCUCAGCGGUGCCAUCGGGGACUGGGACAGACUCAUCCGUCAGUCCUUCAACAACCUCAAGCCUGGCGGGUGGCUGGAGUUUCAUGAGGCCGAGGCGCAGGCACAGUCCGACGACGACACGGUCGAGCGCGCGGUUAGUACUAUGGAGUUCGUCCGCCUAUGUAACGACGCUGCUAGACAAUUUGGGAGGGAGGUGAGCUGUGCCCACCUCAUCAAGGACCGCAUGAUCAACGCCGGCUUCGUCGACGUUACGUGUGAGAUGAUGAAGGUUCCCAUCGGCGUCUGGUCAAAGAGCAAAAGGCUCAAGGAGAUUGGCCGCUUUCAGGGCGAGAACUGCAUUUCUGGCGUCGAGCCAUACACCCUUGGUUUCAUCGGCAAAGGGCUCGGCUGGACCGAAUUGGAAUGCAAGGUCUUCGUUGCAAAGGUCAUCGCAGAGCUUCGGGAUCCCAAAAAUCACUUCUACAGCCUGUUCUACUUUGUCCAUGGCAAGAAGCCGGAGUAG